UGCGCAGCGCGCGUUGGUGGGAGCUGUUCACUUUCUGUGCAGUGUGGGGACACGCUAUUUUCUGCCAAAAAGCUAUUUCCCAACAUAUCUUAAUGGGUUAAAUUAGAUGAACCAGACAAACAACACAAUAAGAUUUCACCAGCCGAAUGCACUAAUGAGGACUUGAAGCAGGAUUGUGUGAGGAGCAACUCUGUUUCUCAGUUCUGUACUCAGGAUUAUUGGGAGUGCUUUCGGAAUGUGCCAAGCUAAACCAGAAGAAUACUGCUGUCCUGGUGGGAGGGGGCCAUUAGAUCUGCCUACUACCUACAUAUUAAUCUGAUCUACUAGGCUCUCCAACCUUUCCCUGGUCUCUGAUGGAGGGCAGCCCAUUUAAGCAGAAUCCCAGCCCCGAACAACAGCCCAAACCCAGGGGCCACACCAAUCUGACUCUGGGCCAGUCCUGCAGCACAGAGGACCUGUCUGAGGGCCUCCCCAGGGCCAACUUAAGGAAGGGUUUCUCCCUGCGUAACAUCAGCCUGUGUAUGGUGGACGGGGUCCGGGAAAUGCUCCAGAGGAGCCGGGGGGCCUCCCCAGAACCCCACUGCAGGCUCAAAGGGGACACGGGGCCACUGGAGCCCCCAUCUGCUGUGUCUGCCCCGACGCUCUGCCACCCUCAGGGCCCCGCCAGCCGAGGUGCAGAGGGAAGGGGCCCUGCGCUAUAUGGUGGAGGCGACUUGCAUAGAAUGGGCUGCAGCACUCAGUGGCAGAAGUGUCGUCUGCUGCUCAGGAGGAGGAGGGGGGCUUCCUCCUGAAGUUCUAUGUGCCGCCCAAGGUGGGUCUCGUGGUCACUUCCUGUGUUUUACAUGGAUUUGGUAGAAAAAAUCAUGUAUUUUUUAAAUGUAGUCAACGCUAUAGGAUUACAUUGAGCUCCUGUAUUGCUAUCCUGAUACAAUCUGACACUGAAAAUUAGAUAUCUUUUGUCAGUGUUGUUUGCGGUAUCUCUGGUGCUCCUCUGUCCUCUCUCUGGCCCAGUCAUCCAAGCCCAAAGUGAGUUCCUCUGACAGCUGUUGUGGAGGUGUGGACCACCAUGCCCCUGGAAAUGCCAGACACGGACAACACCUUUGUCCUCAAGGUGGAGAAUGGAGGAGAAUACAUCUUGGGGACUUUAGACUCCCUUCAGAAACACUCCUGGGUGGCUGACAUUCAGGACUGCAUAGACCCGGGGGACAGUGGAGAUGACAUUGAGUUGACGUCUUGUCCUCACGGCCAGUCCCCCUCGGUGUCCACCUGUAGCUGUGAGCUCACAUCUAAGCUCAGAGCGUCUCGGAUGUCCACCCAUACCAGAGAGCCUGGCUGUCGGAACUGCCUCCACCAAUCGGCACACUUAUUUCCCCAAGCUUUGCAGGUGGAUGGCGCAUCUGUGGACCCCCCCCCGCCCCGCCCCCGCUCCCCUGCUCUGCCCCGCAUCCCGCCUUCCUUCCCCAGACUUGAGGAUGGUAGUGGUGGGGGAUUACUGAGUCGCAGUGGUAGCACAGAGUACCUGCUGCCGCGCUCUGGUGGCUCUGCUGAUGAACAGCAGGAGAGUGAGGGCACACAAAGGACACGAGCAGUGGAGAACCAGUACUCUGUCUACUGAGUAACCUUGAAGUAAUCUAUGACUGACUGCAUCAGAAUCACAUAUCGGUUUUGUCAAAACUAGAACUGCUGCCAUAAUAGAGAUUUUGCAGGUGGUGGAAUAUUCUCCUGCAUAGUUUUUUUGUGAUAAAAUGUAAGAUAUCUUUUCAGUGCUCAUUGUAUGCCAUACCUCAAACCUACAAGGUGGAAUUCCCCACAUUUAUCCCCUGACUAGAACACAACUGAAUCCCACUAAGGGAGAAGGAAUGGAUGGGUACGUGCAGUGAACGACUUAAAAUGUCAGUGCUAAGACAUGACAAAGAAGAGGAGGAUUAUAUACACCUCAGUGGAUGGAACUGUUCAACCUUAAUUCCUCCCAGAUGUAGUGAAGGAGAUCCUCUGUGAUCCCCUUUGAGCAAAAGACAAUGUGACCCCAUGUCUGUACCACAUUGAUUCUCUGAGUUUCAUAAAUCUCUUGGCUCCAUGGAAUAUUUACCAUUAGUCAACAGGGCGCAAUACUCCCUUUUAAAAACAUGUUCACUAAAAUGUUACUGUGCUUGCAACAAGACCUUGGUUCAAAUACAAUUUCAGUUAUUUCAAUUUUUUUCUCAUACAUUUCAAAGUAUUCAGAUAUUCAACUACUUGUAUUCUCAAAGAAUAUUGGAAUGUAUUUGCAAAUACACUGAAGUAUUGGAAAUGUAUUUGCAAAUACUCAAAUACACAGACAAGUGUAUUUAAGUACAAAUAUUUAAAUACUCCCAUGCAUUUGAACCCAUGUCCUAGGAGUAUUUGAAAUAAUGUUUUGAAAAUAUCUUCACAUAGUAGGCUAUUUAUAUGAAAUUCUUUGAAAAUACUUCCAAUAGAAGUAGUUAAUUUGACACAUUAUUUGAAAAUACUUUAAAAAUAUUUAAAUGAAUAAUUAAAUACAUAUGUAUUUGAACUCUGGUCUGCUUGCUACUAUGACAUGUAAGGUGUACAUAUACUUAACUAAUUGUAUUCAGUGUAUAGACUAAUGGAAAAAGUAUUUGUCACACUGUCCCCUCUACUUCAAUCACGAUUCCUUAGGAGACAUGGUGGUAAAAAUGUACUACACUGACAACACUUUAAUAUUCACCAGCUUUUCAAAUUUGGUACAAUAUAAUAUAUACUUACAAGCACAUCAAGGCAAUUAUAUGGGGAUAAUUACAACUCUACUGCCACUGUAAAUUUGCCAUUUUUUAAAACUUAUUAUAUAUAAAAGUGAGUUCACUCUAGAAUUAAAGUUAGCCUGAUGUUUUCAGACCUCCAAAGUGGACUAGAUGUGGUUAUCAAACAUGAAUAGGACUACAUUAAUAUCAGAAUGUCUGACAGCAAAUAAACGUUACUUAUUCUGAA